UUAUAAAUCAUUUCCCAGAAGCCUUUCACUUUCUUACAUUCCCACCACAGAUGAUAAAAAGUGCCUCUUUUACCUCUUCAUAAGGUUUAAUUUUCCAAUUAUUUCCUUCUUCUCUUAGUAACCUUUCAUAUGUGCCCCAAUUUUUACUCAUAUUUAUCUUUUUUACACUCAUUGCUUCCAAAGGUGACAACCACCAUGGUGUUUUACGUUCUAAUAGGUUUUUAUACCUAUCCCAAAUUUCAUACAGAGCUCUUCGGAAUAUGUGGUUUCCAAAUCCUUUAUGCACUUUUGUUUUGUCGUACCAUAAAUAUACGUGCCAACCAAACCUAUUAUCAAAUCCUUCUAAGUCCAACAAAUCUGUAUUUUCUAACAAUAUCCUUUCCUUCAACCAACAAAGGCAGGAUGGUUCAUAGUAUAACUUCAAGUUUGGCAAGGUGAAGCCCCCUCUUUCUCUAAUACCAGUUAACAAUUUAAAUUUAAUUCUUGGUUUCUUCCCCUGCCAGAUAUAUCUUGAAAGUAUUUUCUGCCACUCCUUAAAUAUAGCUGCCCCUUUGAUUAUCGGAAUUGAUUGGAACAAAAAUAACAAUUUUGGUAGCACAUUCAUUUUAAUGACUGACAUCCUAUCCUAUAGAGAAAGUUGCAUCCGUCCCCACACUUCCAAAUCUCUCUUAAUUCCAUUCCACAUCGGUGUCUAAUUAUCUUGAAAUAAAUUUAUAUUCUUUGGGGGUUAGCCAAAUUACCAAAUAUUUCACUUUUUUUUUUACUACUUCUACACCAGUUUGUCAUUGCAGCAUAGCCACCAAAUCUUGUUUCAUACUUUUAACUAACAUUUUAGUUUUCUUUUUAUUUAAUUGAAACCUGCUACUUGUCCGAACUGUUCUAUUUCUUCUAGUGCUUCUUUAUCACUAGUUAAUGGUUCUUCCAUUGUUAAAACCAAGUCAUCUGCAAAGGCUUUCACUUUAACAUUGGUAGUUGAUUUUAAAUUAGUUUUUCCCAGAAGUAAAAUGAUUCACAUGUGUUUACCAGAAGCUGUUUCUCCUUCAUAUGUCUUAACGUGCUUUCCCCAACAUUAGACAAAGCCAAGAUUUUAUUUUAAAGGUUAAUAAGCAACUAUCUUGUGUCAUCACUAUGGAAUAAUGCUUUUACUUUCAGUAAUUUUAAGAAGUUAUCAAGUGAAGCUGAAUAUAUGAUACUUAAUGGGUCUACAGUAAAUAAUCUUGAAAUCUUACAGAAUCAGAUAAUGUACAACUCUAGAAGGAUGCCAGCAUAAUUUAAUACCAAUCAAGAAGAAGAACAUGGUGCAGGGCAUGCAUGUUCUGAGGGCAUAUGAUGCAGCCAGCUUGUUGAAGUUAAGCAGACUGAUAAGAAAAAAAAAGGCAGCCUGUUUUGGGUCUUGGAUCAUACAAAAACUUCAUUUGGGCAACGAAGACUAAAGAAAUGGGUGACACAGCCUCUUUUGAAAUCCAGUGAAAUUAAUUCUCGACUUGAUGCGGUGUCUGAGGUUCUCCUAUCAGAAUCGAGUGUCUUUGGCCAAAUAAAGCACCUUCUAUGUAAGAUGCCAGAUGUUGAACGAGGACUCUGUAGUAUUUAUCACAAAAAGUGUUCCAUUCAAGAGUUCUAUCUGGUAGUCAGCACACUCUCUCAGUUGGAAACAGCAAUCACAGCACUGGUUCCAGCUAUACGUACUCAGGUUCAAGCACCUUUAUUACAGAAGAGUCUUUUGGAAAUUCCAGAAUUGCUUUGUUCAACAAAAAAGUAUAUAAGGAUGCUUAAUGAAGCAGCAGCAAAAAGUGGAGACAAAACCCAACUGUUCAAGGAUCUUGAAGAAUUUCCCUUAAUAAGAAAGAGGAAGGAUGAGAUUCAGGAAGUUCACUCUCAGAUCCAGUUACACCUUCAGGAUAUACGAAGAAUCCUAAAUUGUCCCUCUAAGGAUUAUGUUACGGUGUCAGGACAAGCAUUUCAGAUUGAAGUCAAGAACUCACUUUUAUCUUCUGUACCAUAUGAUUGGAUUAAAGUUAGCAGCACAAAAGCAGUCAGCCGCUUCCACACUCCUUUUAUUGUAGAAAAUUACAGGCAUUUGAAUCAGCUACGUGAGCAGCUAGUCCUUGACUGCAGUGCUGAAUGGCUACGCUUUUUAGAUGAUUUUAACGACCAUUACUACACAAUAUCUAAAGCUGUGGGUCACCUAGCAACUGUGGACUGUAUAUUUUCCCUGGCUGAGGUUGCCAAACAAGGAGACUACUGCAGACCUGUCAUAAAAGAUGGAAGGUCAGAGAUAAUGAUAAAAAAUGGGAAGCACCCUGUGAUUGAUGUGUUAUUGGGAGAGCAAGAGCAGUAUGUUCCAAAUGAUACACAUUUAUCAGAAGACGGUCAAAGGGUAAUGAUAAUUACUGGACCUAACAUGGGUGGAAAGAGCUCUUAUAUAAAGCAGGUUGCAUUGAUCACAGUCAUGGCACAAAUUGGUUCCUAUGUACCAGCUGAGGAAGCAAGAAUUGGUAUUGUGAUUGGUAUAUUUACCAGAAUGGGUGCCACAGACAACAUAUUCAAAGGUCAAAGCACAUUUAUGGAAGAACUGACAGAAACAGCUGAUAUAAUUACUAAAGCAACUUCCAAUUCACUAGUAAUUUUGGAUGAACUGGGGAGAGGAACUAGCACACAUGAUGGAAUUGCAAUUGCUUAUGCUACCCUGGAAUACUUUAUUAGAGAUGUUGGUUCAUUGACACUGUUUGUAACCCAUUAUCCUCCAGUGUGUGAAUUAGAAAGGGCCUACCUGAGACAAGUUGGGAAUUACCAUAUGGCUUUUCUGGUGAAUGAAGAUGAUCGUGAACAAGAAAGGGGAUCUGAAGGUGAAGAAAAUCCUGAAUUUGUCACUUUCCUUUAUCAAAUAACAAGGGAAGUUGCCACAAAGAGUUAUGGGCUAAACGUUGCUAAACUAGCAGAUGUUCCUGAUGAAAUUCUUAAAAAGGCAGCUCGCAAAUCAAAAGAACUAGAGAGAUUAGAGAAUAUGAAAAGAAAAAGGCUGAUGACCUUUGUUAAAAUAUGGAACACUAACGAUUCUGGAGAACUGCAACGAUGGAAAAGUAUGUGCAAAACAGAUAAUGAUUUCAGCCAACUUUAAAGAUUCCUUAAAACCUGCCAAUAGAAAAUGGAAAUAGCAUAGAAGAUUUAAAUUAAUUUAUUAUACAAAGCUAUAUAUUCAUGCAGUGAAAUUUCAAAUCAUAGGUGUGUAUACUGAUGAAUGAGUGGUUCACGUGGACACUACUUUCAUUUCAUUCAUGCAAACUGUCUCCAGUGAUGUAGUUAUGUGGAGUAGCAUGCUAUGUGCCAGAUAAGUAGAAGACAUCAGGAGAUCCAUGAUUACAACUCCUGUGGUGGUGGUGGUGGUAGCAGUAACUACAGGGCUCAAGAAAGUUGAGGCUUCUCCACCACAUUCCCAAAUUACUCCUCUAAAGUUAGUAUUUGCCCAGUGCAGAGAAACGGACAGGUAACCACAUAGUACCUGUAUGUUUCUUUCCCAUAGGAUAAAAAAGUCUGGCAGGAAUUUAGUUUUGGAACCCGCACGUGAAUAGGUGGAUUAUUAAGCAUCAUUCUCCCAAUGCUGUGGCCAGAUUCAGUUUGGGAGGUGCCUGUAGUUGCUUUUCACUUUAAAAUGAGACAAUGAGAUGUGGUCUCCUGCCACAUUACCUAGAGAUGUAAACUAGCAUAGCUACUGCAGCCGUGAAAUCCCUACAGAAUGAACCAUUUACAUGGUGCCUUCUUGACAUGAUCAUGGGCACAUAACACGGGCAAAAUCAUGUAAUGUAAAAUCUAGCAGAAGUGGGCCCAUGUGAAAUGGUUCAUUGAUUUAAAUGCAGUUGAUAUCUUGUAAGCUCCAAUUGUUUUUUCAAACUGCUGUCUGGUGGGUUUUUCCACUGAAGAUCAAGUAUUUUGUUACAUUUGCCCAUAUUAUGUUUCCCAAACUUUAUCAACAUCACCUCCAAACUGUACAUUAUUUAAAAUACUGAAAAAUGCUUUUUAUAGUUUGAUGAUGUUAACUAAUUUCAGAUGGAAAACAUGAAAAUCAUGUUUAUAAAUUACAGGAAUACACAUUUGUAUUAAAUAAAAUGAUGAUUUUAAAAGGAUACAUUGAUUUCUAUUAAUGUUACAAUGACUGAACAGUAUGAUUUAGCAGAUGUUGAAUAAUUGUGUUUACUAUCAAUUCAGUAAUACAGAAUAAUAUUUCAUGAUGCUUAUUUUUUUAUUGAUGUGAGUAGUUUCUUGCUGACAUUUGUCCUGACUCAUUCCCACAGAAUAUACUGAAAAUAUUCAAUGUAUGUGCUUCUCUCUUUAUGCUCUUGAAAUGCCCAUGAAAUCUUGAUAAAAAUAGUACUACUGCAGAUGCAUUUGCAAUCCCAAGCAAAACAAGUACAUGUCAGUUUGUCAAGCACUCAGUAAGAACAAAUUACCUAACUAA